AGCAAGCAAGCACACAAUAAGGACAACAAAGCAGCUGAAACCCUAGUACCAAGAACAAACAACUACAAGAGGCUUUACAAAGUUCACAGGGGCUAGCUGCUUACUGCGAAUGAACAUCCAGAGGAAGCCUGGAGACUGGAACUGCAAAUCUUGCGAGCACCUCAACUUCAGCCGCCGCGACUUUUGUCAGCGCUGCCGAGCUCCACGCCCGGACCUGCAGUUCGGCGACGGCGGCGGCCACGGCACGGGUGGUGUGCUGACCUCCCUUGACGUCCGUCCGGGCGACUGGUACUGCAGCUGCGGCUACCACAACUUCGCCAGCCGCUCAAACUGCUUCAAGUGCGGGACCAUCGUCAGGGACUUCCCGGCAGCGCAAGGUGCUGACAGUUGCUUUGAUCGCGGCCGUGAGAGCGCCGGAGUUCGCGCUGGGUGGAAAGCCGGCGACUGGAUAUGCACAAGGCCCGGUUGCAACGUGCACAACUUUGCAAGCAGGACUGAGUGCUAUAGGUGCAAUGCACCUAGGGAAGAAGUAGGUACCGGGAAGUAAGAAACGACUGAGGUGACCAAGACAGUGAGAUGUGACGAGCUGGCCGAUGAUGGAGCCGACUGUUGUCACACACUCACAAUCGAGGAGCAUCCAGGAAGGAUAAGUUUACGUACGAGUAUGUUGUGAUUGCCAGGCGUACUGCUGCUGCGUGGUUGCAAGGUGGAGAAGGAGUACCCAAGCUUCUCAAUUGUAACGUCUGUUUUGCCUUUUUUUUUUUCCUGUGUGUGUUGAUUCAGCGGCUGCUGAAUUCUACGGAUUGAUGUACUCGCAUUAUAUAUCGACCUUAAACAUCAUCAUAUAUAAGUAUACAAGUUUUA